AUGUCUGUGGCUUCAGAUGAUGGGGACCGUGACCCCCCUGCGCCUUUUCUUGUUCAGUUCUUUUAUCGAAAUGGAGGCUUUUACAGGGCGGAUGAGUUUGCAACCCGUUCACUUCCACCACACAUUUCAGUUUACACUUGGCCAAGUUGCACCUUAAACGAGCUCGCUCUGGAGCUGGCGGCUGCCAAACCAUCAGCCCUCCCAUACCCAGCUAUUGGAACAAGACUGUCUUUCCAAUUAGUAUGCCCUGACUUACGUGGCAUCGGCUCAGUCAACAAUGCCCAUCCACGCUACGCUGUGAAAGAUCUUGGCAGCAUAGUCAUUGGACAAAACCCUCCUGGAACCACCGACCCCGAGUUGGCUGAAGUCGGAGGAAGUGCUUCCCGCGGUGCGUCAAACCCGGAUAAGACGCUUGGAGAAGCCCGAUUCGUGGUGGGGGACUACAUUUCGUGCGCUAUCUUACCCCCAUUGGAUGAUGGAUCUGUGGCACCGGCAUCUGCUGCUAGGAGGGACGUAACUGCAGGGCAUAGAGAAAGCAGGGGGGGCAGAAGCAGUGGAGGACCAGGUUUUCACAAUCGAGAGAAUGGUUUCGGUCGAGGCAGCCGUGAGGGCAGGGGAGGAAGAAGGGGAGGUGGAGGGCCAGGAGCAAGCAUGCCAAUGGGAGAAUGGAGGAGAGGGGAGAGAUUGCCGGAUAUGCCUCCUUCCAGACCACGAGGCGGCGGCGGUGGACGAUGGUGA